GAGCCUGACGUGCUUGUCACGCUCCGGGGAUCGGCUCGGUUGCCGCCAACUGAGAGAGAGGGAGAGCGCGCGCGAGAGAGAGAGGCCGCAGUCAUCAGCCGUUGGGAACAAAUCCGUCGUCGUCGUCAUCUCUCUCUCUCUCUCUCGCGCGCGCGUGUGCUGGGAUCCCAUCCAUGGACGUGAGGCCCAGGGGGCGGAAGCUUCCCUUUGAGCUCCUCGCCGACGAGAGCAUCGGAGAAAAUGUAGGGCUUCUUUCCGGAUCGCAGUCAGCGGCUAUUACAGAGGAGCUGGCCGAUGACGGAGUCUCGUUCCUCCUGGAGAAGAAGCGGAAGCGAAAACGGAAGAGUAAAGGUUCCAAGCUGAAGGAUGCCGAUGCUGGAGAUUCUAUCGAUGCCACUGCUACCAAUCGAUCUGGUUUAGCCUCCGGUGAGGUUCUGGGACAUGGUGUUGGGGCCGAUCGUGCUGAAAAUCUGGAGAUAGCCGUCGUCGAAGGCUCAGUAUACCCUAGAAUUGAGCCUGUUGCUAACGAAUCUUUGAUCGGAGAGAUUAGGCCAUUCCAGUCGAUUUGCAUGGGGGGUGUCCAGACGGUGUGCUUGGAGCCUAGUUUGGAAAAUUCAUCGGUCAUGCCGAUUGCUUCUGUUGAACUAAGGCAGCGAGCAAUGAAUGGGAGUCAUGUAGGCAGAGAUUUGGAUUCGAACAGGUCGGGGGGUCGGUCAGAUGCACAUGCAAAGGAGGAUGACAGUGCGAUGUCUAAUAAUCUCGGGAAGUGGGGGUCCCUGUCCAACGGGAAUGCACGUCUGGAAACAGAGAAGUCCUUAGAUUGGAAAACUUUAACCACAGAUGAUUCGAAUUAUUCAAGCACCGUGCCCGUAGAAAAGAUGCCAUUGCAGUAUUUCUGGGGGGAGAUACAUGGUGGAAAUUCUUUAAGGAUAACAGCAUCUGUUGGAAAUGAGAAGAAGAGGCAGAGGGUCUACAAUACAAUGUUUCAUGUGCCAUGGAGAUGUGAACUGCUAAUUAAUGUUGGAUUCUUCGUCUGUCUUGAUUCUUUUCUUUCAUUGUUGACAAUCAUGCCAGCUCGGAUCAUUAUGACCUUUUGGACAUUCUUGAAUAUGAGGCAGUUCAAGAAGCCUUGUGCAGCCGAUUUAUCAGACUUCGGUUGCUUUGUGGUAUUGAUCUGUGGUGUUACACUGUUGCAGGCAAUAGAUAUUAGCCUUAUAUAUCAUAUUAUUCGGGGGCAAGGUACACUUAAGCUGUAUGUGGUGUACAAUGUUCUAGAGAUAUUUGAUAAACUGUGUCAAUCAUUUGGUGGGGAUGUCGUGCAAGUUCUAUUUAAUUCUGCAGAAGGGGUUGCAAACUGUUCACAAGAGUGCAUGACAUUUGAGCUUAUGAGGUUCAUCUUGGACCAGACAAUAGCUGUUAUUGCAUUCAUUGUCCAUUCAUUUAUCUUAUUAGCUCAGGCAAUAACUUUGUCUACCUGCAUCGUGGCUCAUAAUAAUGCAUUACUGGCUCUGCUAGUCUCAAACAACUUUGCAGAGAUUAAAAGUAAUGUUUUCAAGCGCCUUAGCAAGGAAAAUCUCCACAUGCUGGUGUACUAUGAUACCAUUGAGAGAUUUCAUAUCACUGCAUACAUCAUAUUUGUACUAGCCCAGAACAUUUUGGAAGCAGAAGGAUCUUGGUUUGGGAGUUUCCUUACUAAUGCAGCCCUUGUUUACAUGUGUGAGGUGGUUAUUGAUAUCAUCAAACAUUCAUUUCUAGCCAAAUUCAAUGACAUCAAACCAGAAGCUUAUUCUGAAUUUCUGGAAGCUCUCUGCAAACAGACUUUGAAUGUAGAGCCUGAGGAAGGCCGGAAACAAUUGACUUUUAUCCCACUAGCACCUGCUUGCGUGGUCAUCCGGGUCCUAACUCCAAUAUAUACAGCUCAUUUGCCAUAUUGCCCUCUUUGGUGGAGGUUUUUCUGGAUAUGCAUAUUGACAUCACUGACUUAUGUCACACUUGUAAUCCUGAAGAUAAUGGUUGGGAUGGGCCUCCGCCUUCAUGCCACGUGGUACAUCAAGAGGUGUCUCAAAAAGAAACAACACCUCCAUUUUGACUAGGUUGGUUUCCUUGAGGAUCUUGGUGGCUGCUAUAUCGGCUUCUUGCUUCUACUCAAAUGACCCGACCUGGUGAUCAUGAUUCCAUCUAUCAAUUUUGUGAAGCAAGAAUUAUUUCAGUCGGCCAUAUAGAUUAUGGCGAUUGAUGCGCUGAUCAUCACUGGAAAAAGUUACCUUCUGCAUCUCUGGCAGAAAAAUAUGCGCGUGUAUGUUCUCUUGCUAUAUCUUUGAUCAUUCAUUAAUGCAUUUUCUCAAACUCACCAAAACUCUUGGUGGUCAAUCUUUUCUACCUUAGCCUGGUCAAAUUGUUAUCUCUGGCUGAUGGGUCUGAGGUGAACUGUACCAGAUGAUUACACUACACAUCUACUCUGCUUCCAGGAGUUUUGACUCAUUUGCAGGAUAUACUUGAGAUUUUGUGGGAGCAAACAAUUUUGGAACAUUUUCUGAUUGUGGAUUUUGCGAAUACUGUACCUUAUUGAGGAUUUUAGAUGGAUCUGAUUAUAUAAAUGUCUUUAUGAGCUCUCUGAAUAUUGGCUUGUAACCAUCAUUAGUCCACGUGCAGUAUUAUUAAAAUGGUUGUUCUGUUGUGGACAGCGAGCUGUUUAUAGAAUUGUUGUUCAUCUCA